AUGUCAAUCGCUUUUUCGUCUUCCUUUUCCUUGCUGCAAACGGUUCCUUUCCUUCUGGUUGAUGAUGAAAUUAUAGAUCACUUGCGAAACGACGAUCCAGAUUCUGCUGUCGAGUUGUUUGAAUUAUUGAAGAAUGAGUAUCGGUUUAAGCAUUCGAGAGUUUCUCAGCUCGUUAUUGCUCAUGUGCUGGCUAGUCAACGAAGGCUUAGGUUGCUGCGUUCUAACUUCAAGCAAAUGCUUCAAGAAGAAGGCUCUGGUUCUGGGCCUUCACUUUGUGAGCCUCUUUCAGUUGACUUCAAGAAUUGGAAAUCAAAUGCAAUUGUUUGGGACAUGCUUGCAUUUGCUUACUCUAGAUCCAACAUGGUUCAUGAUGCCCUUUGCAUUAUAGCCAAAAUGAAAGAUUUCAACAUUCAACCUUCAAUAUUAACCUACAACAGCUUAUUGCACAACCUAAGACACUCUGAAAGCAUGUGGGAUGUGUACAAUGACAUCAAAGAGACUGGAAUCCAAGAAACCAAACAAACAAAUUCCAUCCUUGUAGAUGGUUUAUGUAAGCAAUCCUUAAUGCAAGAAGCAAUAACCCUUCUUCAUGUCAAAGAUUCCUCACCUCAUGUUGCUUCAUUUAACACAGUCAUGUCAAGUUUCUCCAAAAUGGGAUUUCUAGAUAUUGCUCAAUCAAUUUUCUGUUUGAUGUUGAAAUUUGGAGUAAAACCCGAUGCAUACAGUUACAAUAUUCUUAUCAAUGGACUAUGUAUCGCAGGUUCUAUUCAAGAUGCAUUGAAGUUGACUAAUGACAUGGUCAAACAUGGAGUCAACCCUGAUUCAGUAACAUACAACACACUUGCUAAAGGUUUUCAUGUUCUUGGUAAGAUAAAUGGGGCAUCAAAGAUGAUUCAAGAAACAUUAUCAAAAGGGUUGAACCCUAAUAGUAUCACAUAUACAUUACUCAUAUGUGGGAAUUGUCAAGAAGGAAAAGUUGAUGAAAGCAUGAACUUGAAAAAUGAAAUGGUUUCUUAUGGGUAUCAAGUAAACUUUAUCUCAUAUAGUGUUUUGGUUAGUAGUUUAUGUAAGAUUGGGCGUGUUGAUGAAGCUUUAUGUUUGCUUUAUGAGAUGGAAAUAGAGGGUUUAAAACCUGAUGUUGUUAUGUAUUCUGUCAUCAUUCAUGGUUUUUGCAAACAAGGGGAGAUUCAAAAAGCAAUUCAAGUAUACAUGGAAAUGUGCAACAAUAGAAUCUUUCCUAAUGUUUUCACUCAUAGAGCUGUUUUAUUGGGCUUUUGUGGGAGAGGAUCACUCUUUGAAGCAAGAAAGCACUUUGAUAUGUUAACUAGUGGUGAUGAUAUUCAAGAUAUUGUUCUUUACAAUAUUAUGAUCAAUAAGUAUGCAAAACUCGGUAUGAAUCAUGAGAGUAUACAAUUGUUUGAUCAAAUAACAGAGAGAGGAAUCAAUCCCACUAUUGUCACGUUUAAUUCUUUGAUAUAUGGAUUCUGUAAAGCUAGAGAUUUAAUAGGGGCAAUGAGGUCAUUUCAUAACAUCGGGGAUCAUGGAUUAGUACCUAAUGCUGUAACAUACACCACUCUUAUGAACGUUUUUUGUGAAGAAGGAAAUAUGCAAAAAGUGUUUGAUAUGAAGAAGGAAAUGGAAAGUAAUGGUGUAGAACCAACUCAUGUCACAUACACUGUAAUCAUAAAAAGUCUUUGUAAACAAAAAAAGCUUCAAGAAUCUCUGUUACAGAUUAAUCAUAUGUUCUCACAUGGGAUUUUUCCUGAUGAAGUUUCAUACAACAUUCUGAUUCAAUCUUUCUGUAAGGCUCGAGAAAUUGAAAAGGCGUUUGAGUUACAUGAUGAAAUGAUGUCACAUAAUCUUAAGCCUGAUGCAGUUACAUAUAACAUUCUUAUGAAUGGGUUAUGUGUGUAUGGUGAUUUACAUGAUGCUGAUAAGUUAUUAUUGUAUUUAAAGGAGCAUAAUUUUGAAUUAAAGAAGGCUGCUUAUACGAUUCUUAUUAAAGCACAUUGUGUAAAGGGUGAUGUGGAUCAAGCAAAGGUGGUGUUCUCUGAAAUGGUGGAAAUGGGGUUUGAAGUGAGUGUUAGGGAUUACAGUGCUGUGAUUAAUAGGUUGUGUAAAAGAUGUUUGACAUAUGAAGCAAAGGGUUUUUUCAGGAUGAUGAUUAACAAUGGUGUGAUUCCUGAUAUUAGGGUUUAUACAGUGUUGAUAUUCUUAGAAGAAGCAGGAGGACACCUGUCAUUGAUUAGAGUGAAAAAAUACCAACAUUUUGAGGUGUAUAAUGAUCUUGAAGAUCUUGUUGUGAGCAGAGUGAUUGAGAUUAUGUGUAUAAAUGCAGAAGGUGACCCCACAACUGAUCCAAAUGAUAAGCAUGCACAAAUGUUAGUAAGUCAACCAGAUCUUUGGGUGUGUCUACAACAAAAACUGGGAUGUCUGGUAACAAGCUAUAUUGUUCUGUAUAAUUUGAAACUGGAUUUUGGGAUUAUGAUAGAAAGCAUUGGACAGGAUACAAGGAAGACAUUUUCCUUUACAUACCAUCACUACCUUCACAAGUUUGAGAAUAAGUCUGGAUUUGGGUAUCAGGAGCAACUUAUACCAUGAAUGAGGUCUGGUGCCCUAAUGCCAAAUUUCUUUAUUCACAUUGUUCAGAAAGGUCAACAAGGUCAAUGCCCAUGUGGCAGACACACAUCUGGGCUCGGGCCUGUUCCCCUUAACAAGUUUCUUGCUAAGUGGAAAGUUCAAUUUCUUGAAGGUGUUUAUGGUAAAACUAACGAAACUCGUUAGUUUUGGUAACCCUAAAUCAUCAUUAAAUCCGGAUUAACAUUACUUGCUUCCAAAGCAACUAAUGACGACCCAACCUAAUAAAACCCUAAUAUCGUUUAUUAUAUAAACGGUUCUUCUUUUCAGAAGAGGGUAACGAUCUUAAGCUCUCGUUUGAUCAUACUUUCACAGAAUGCUCUAGCAUAUUGGCUUACGAUUUCUGUGCCUAGAGUCGUAAGUGUCCACUUGGAUUAUCCUAGGCUGAAUUUCUUGUAACCCAGACAUAGGGUAGAAAUAUCAGUUCGGAAAAUGAUAUCACGAUCCAAGUCGGUAUCCAGAUCUCCACUACAAACUCUAAAUUUCCCAACAAAACUUGAUAUUUCUUUCUUGUGCGUGAGUAUUUGUACUCUGAAUGAAUAGUUAUAUACAUAUCAAUAUAGUACAACUCUAUACAUAAGAGUACACAAACCCAUGUGGGAAAUGAUU